AGUCACCGAGAGAGGCGGAGGCUCGGCUCGGACCACGCCCGUCCCCCGCGGGAAAUGCGUGGGAGCCCAGCUGCCCGUCGUGUCUCCUGAGCCGUGUUGCCUGGCCUGAGCGGCCAGUCGGGGACGCCAGCUGGGCUUCCUCCGGCGCCCUCCCGGGUCCGCAGUGGGGCGAGCAGGGGAAGCAACUCUGCUGUCUAGGAUGGGAUCCAAGCUAUCAGUGGACGACUCGGUGCGUGUUGUGAUCAUUGGAGGAGGUUUCGGGGGAAUUGCAGCUGCCAGACAACUAAAGUCCUGGGGAAUCCCCUUUGUUCUUGUGGACAUGAGAGAUGCAUUCCACCACAAUGUGGGUGCUCUCCGGGCCUCUGUAGAGAGUGGAUUUGCCAGGAAAACUUUCAUCUCUUACUCUGUGACCUUUAAGGAGAGCUUCCGACAAGCCAAGGUGGUUGGAAUAGACCUACUGAGGCAGAAAGUCUUGCUGAAUGAUGGUGAGGAACUUUUCUACUCUCACCUCAUCCUUGCUACAGGCAGUGAUGGGCCUUUUCCUGGGAAGUUUAACCAGAUCAUUGACGUGGAAACUGCCAUUCAGACUUAUGAAGACAUGGUCAAGGAGCUCCAAAAAUCUCGACGUAUCGUGAUAGUAGGCGGUGGUGCUGCUGGAGUGGAGAUGGCUGCAGAGAUUAAAACAGAAUAUCCAGCCAAAGAGGUCACCCUCAUUCACUCAAAAAUCGCACUGGCUGAUGUGGAGCUUCUACCAAGUGUCCGGCAGGUGGUGAAGGAGAUUCUUCUCAACAAAGAAGUGCGUCUCUUGUUAAGUGACAGAGUCAGCAACCUGCAUAUGCUGACUUUAAACCGAUUCCAAGAGAAUAUGGCAGUCAAGACAGAAAAGGGCAGAGAGGUUGCUGCUGACAUGGUGAUUCUCUGCACUGGUAUAAAGAUCAAUUCAUCAGCAUACAGCAGUGCAUUUGGGGACAAGCUGGCUAGUAAUGGUGCUUUAAAGGUCAACCAGUACCUCCAGGUGGAAGGGUAUGAUAACAUCUAUGCUAUUGGUGAUUGUGCUGAUGUGAAGGAACCAAAGAUGGCAUACCAUGCUGGGCUCCAUGCCAAUAUUGUGGUGACAAACAUCAUCAACAGUCUGACACAGAAAUCUCUUAAAACCUACCAGCCAGGAUCACUAACCUUCCUGCUGUCGAUGGGCCGGAAUGAUGGGGUAGGCCAGAUUAAUGGAUGCUACGUGGGACGUCUUGUGGUGACUAUUGCCAAGAGCCGGGACCUUUUUGUUUCUAAGAGCUGGAAGACUAUGGAACAGACUAUGCCCUGCUAGAUAGAAAGGAUCAUGAUGAAGUAGCAAGAGAGUACAUGUAUCAACUGGCAUGAAUAAAGCUGGAAAAGAGUAAAAGGUGCAUCAUUUACCAAAAUGACAUAAGCUAUAUGGCUAUUUGACUGAUAUCAAUACUGCACCAAAACAUCAUGUAUUACAAAUGCCAUUCUUUAGCAUGGUGCAUAAUAAUAACAAAGCCCUCUUUUUAAAGUGGCUCUCAGUUAUGUUAAGUGGAUCCGCACAGAAACUGUGUUUCUUACUGAAACUUUCAAAACACAGUUCAUGUGCUAAGAUGGAGCCGAGAAAGGAAUUCAGUUUAAAUGGAUUUUAAAUUUAAAAUAAGUAGCAGAAUAAGCUGUUUUCAAAAGUCCAUUCAUUUUUGUCUACUAGUCCUCUUUUUGAGUGAAAUGUGUGAUAUGUUAUCUCUGCAAGUCCACUACCCUCAUUUGCUAUUUUUGCUCAGUUUGGUUCAACAGCAAAUCCUAUCUCUUCACAACAUCUAGAGCUGCUUUUGCAGAAUUUAUAGUCCAAGUGAAGGCCUUGGGUUACCUAAGUUUUCAAGACAAUAAUACUCUUGAGUCUGGCCCUCAGAAGAGAUGGCUGCCAUCCUGAAUUGAUGCACAGCAUUGCACCCAUUACCUGGCCAAAAAUUCCACACAUGGUCUAAUUCAGUGUCUUUUAUAUGGCAGUAUUUUGUGGCCACAGAUUUGGUACUGUCUGUACACUAAGUAUUCACAUGUCAAAUAUUUUCCACACGAGGUAUUGUUGACUUUCAUUUUAAGGCAAAAGUAUCUGCAGUUAGGGUAUGGUUUAUAAUAAAUACACUUGACA